UUUUAACGGGGUAAUUAACAGGAAUAAGAUCACAUUUUUUAAACCAACGAUCAGUUAAUAACAAUCAUUGCUACAUAACUGCCAACUGCAAUGUGUAGAUAGUUCAAGUGUAUAUAUUGAUAUUCUUCGUAUGUUACCCACCUAACUACAUACAACGCCUGUUCUGAAUGAUAAUAGUAAUAAUAAUAUAAUCCUAUUACUAGAAAUGCUUUCUAUAAGUAGCCUUAUAUUUUGAUUUUCAUUGCUUGAAAAAUACAAAAAUAAUAAAAUCGAAAUUCUAAACAGAAUCUUAUGAAUGUGAUGACAUUUGUUGUUGACAUUUAAUUACAAAGAUCUAUUCAUAAGGAUGUUCUCGGCCCACUAAAGAAUUAAACCAAUUCAUUUAAACAUGAUCCAUCCAGUUACUUAGAUAGUUAGCAGUUAUGUUUCUCUAAUCAAUGUUCUCAAUGUCAAAGACCUUUUUUCUGGGAUCAAAGUGUUUCUUGUUCCAUCUAAAAUGUGCUGGUGACCCCUCGGUGGUCCAGUACCGUCUCGUCCCCCUUGUUCUGAAGCCUGAGCCAUGUCCGUCCCGCCCAGCGGCCCCCGGCGGCCCGACGGGCCCAGUCGUGUGGACAUGGAGGUCACGCGCAACCAGUCGCAGCUCUUCAGAGCAGAAUGCAGGAGGACCAUCACGGAGAUGGACACCGCGUGCAGGCGCAUGCAGAGUGAUGACACCAAGCACCUGGACCAGCGAGUCAGAGACAUCCAGUUCCUGAGGAAGAAUCUGGAGUGGAAGCUGGAGGAGAUCACCGAGGAGGUGGACGUCCUCCUGGAGAUGUCCAGCAGACUGGCGAAAGCCCUGGAGGUCUGCAGAGAGACUCUGAGGGUCACCGUGGUCUGUCUGGACGAGAGGACGAGGCGCCCCCCCUCCGAGAGGCGCCACGACCACGUGGACGGGGAGCUUCUGCAGGAGAGGGAGGUCUGCGAGGCGGCGGGUCUCCUGCUGCAGGGGGCGGGGGAGCGGAUCGCGGAGCAGAUACGGUUGAACCGGUCCGUCCUGCAGCUGCUGGAGCAGGACGUGGAGGACAAGCGCAGAGCCGAGGACGUCGACAACUCCUGCGCCUCCAUGACGAGCCGCUGCACCGGCGAGGGGCCGAGCAGCUUCCUGCCGAGCGUGGUGGUGACUCCGGAGCAGUGGGAGAACACCUCCGCCAUCAACCUGGCGCACGCCGAGCAGCAGAAGGCCGACUCCCUGCACCUGCGGGCCCUGGCCGAGUCGGUCCUGGAGCGGACGGCCACCGACCUGGACGAGCGGGUCCGGACCGCGACCACGGCGCUGCAGCGGAACGUCUCGGAGCUCCAGGCCGCCAGGAGCCAGAUGGGGGAGGAGCUGGCCCAGGUUCUGUCCGAGCUCGCCAGCCAGCAGCGGACGAGCGCGGAUCUCCUCGGCGCCAUCGCAGAGAACGAGGGCGAGCUGCGCCUGGCCCGGGCCCGCCUGGCCGUGCGGCGCCAGAGGCCGUCUAAGGAGCGGUGCCACGACCCGGCCCAGUCGCUGCUGCUCGCCGAGGUGCAGCAGCUCCACGCGCACAUCCACAAGCUGCGCGAGGCGAGGCUCCAGUCGGAGGACGAGCAGAGAGCUCUGGUCCGCUGCCAGCGGGAGCUGCAGGAGAACCUGGAGGUCAAGGCGAGCUCGCUGCACAUCGACGAGGUCGUCUGCGCCCGCCACAGGGAGCCCGGCGCCAUCCACAGGUUCUGAGACGGCGUCGGUGUGUUGGAGCAGCUCCUGGUGACUUUUUGUUUUACAUAAACAUGAUGUUUCUGACUCAAAAUGUUUAACUUACGAGCUCAGAGGAGAUGAGUCACAUGUUCGGACUUGUAUUUAACUAAAGGAACUGUGCAAAGAUCUCGGUCCAUUAGUCGUCUUUCCUGGUGUUGCACAACGUUCUGUAUUUAUGACUUAGGAACACAAAAAACAACAACUUUGAA